UCAAAUGUGUUUGCUUUCUUUAUCUUACUUUCAAAGCGUCUCUUCUUAAUUUCCCCCAAGGAAAAAAGAAAAAGAAAAGAAGGAUGUGGGCUGAGAUCAUCUGUGGUCUCGUAAUCUACAAACUCGUCCGCCGUUUCUUCCACGACGACGAGAUUUCCGAUGACGACACCUUCGGUUCAACUGCUCUCUUCUCCGUCGCUCACAGACUUGAGAAGCUUUAUGGUGGAAAAGCUUAUGUAGGGCUUCGUAUUCCAGAUGCAGACACUUCUUCUAGACAGGACAUCGACCUUGUCCUCCUCACUAAAGGACAAGUUGUGGUGAUCGGAGUCAAGAAUCUAUCUGGGAUUGUUACGAUAACCAGCGAUGGAAGCUGGGUUUGUGAAGCUGGGAAGCAUCAUACAACUCAGACUUACCCUGAUCCUCUGGUUGAUGUCAAAAAACAAGCUUCAGUUCUUGUAUCAUAUCUUGAACAAAGGGGGGUCACUUUACUAGAAGGAAAUCUGUCUUGCAAAGUUGUAAUUCCCAAUCCCAACUUUCGUACAACGCAUGCGUUUCCGAGUGAGGAGGUAAUUACCUACGAAGAGUGGAAACAUCUGAAACCAGUAUCAAGGAGCACACUCUCUGGUUGGGUUAAAGGCGCAUUUUGCACAGGAAAAGAGAUGCAUGAAUCUUCGCAUCAAAAACUUAACUUCAUCCUUGCCACUGCACCAAUGUGGGAUAGGGUGGAGCUUAAAGGUAGCAAGAUUGUGUUAGGAGAGUUCCUUGAGUUCAAAGGAAAGCAGGAAGAUACUUUGGCUCUGAAACAGAUCAAGAGAUCAAAAGUUGACCGUAUCUCUAUUCAGCAAACAAGCAUGCUUGGAUUCGCUCCGUCGAGGUUGCAGGUUCGUUACUCGUAUAGGGACUACCGAAGUGAAGGGAGAUCAGGAUCAGAGUCGAAGGAAGUGACUGUAAGGUCGAGCACCGAGGUUUUGUUCCAGCCGCGAGACUCAACAAAGAUUAAGAAAUUCAAGCUCUCGUCCCUCCUCUCCAUUUCACUAAGUGCCUGACUGUUCCAUUAGAAAGACAGCAGAGAAAAGUUGUUCACACAUAUAAAUUACAUCUGAAUUGAGUUUGUUAAUAAGAGAUAUAACAACCUGUUUAUGGAAAAGAUAUUUUUUCUGGUUUA